AUGGCUCUACAGGACUUAUGCAAUUACCACGACAUCCUUGUGGACGAUGCAACCUCUGAAUCAGCUCCAUUUGGAAAAAGGAUCGGAUUUAAGAACAUGAGUGGUUUAACGUUAAGGAAUAGCACAAGUCUGUUUAAGUUUUACAUACCAGCUCCAGAGUACCUAGAGGGAAGUCCAAUACAAUUUGGGCAAGUCAGCACCAUCCAGAGCUCCAAAGACAUUUUACAUCCAGACUCCAUCCUUCAGUCCCUCUCCUCACUCACAGCUCCUCCACUGGCUUCCUCCCAGUCGGUGCCUCUGCCUUUUCCAAUGUCUCAUGGCACCACCACUCUGGCUUUCAUGUUCCAGGGUGGUGUGUUGGCUGCAGCAGACACUCGUUCCAGUUGCUCUGGACUGGUGGCAUGCCCAGCUGCCCAGAAGAUCCUGCCUAUACACAGUCACUUGGUGAGUACAACCUCUGGGACUUCAGCAGACUGUGCACUUUGGAAACGGAUUCUGGCUCGGGAAUUACGGCUAUACCAACUCCGCCACGGCAGGCGUUUGUCCACAGGUGGAGCUGCUAAAUUGCUCUCUCACAUGCUUCAUCCAUUUAAGGGAACUAAGCUGUGUGUGGCUGCUACAUUAUGUGGGUGGGAUGGAGGAGAGGUUGAAGAAUGCCGUGACCAAGAUUUUGAUCUCAAGGACUGCAGAGAAGUCACAAAAAGUCAAGUGAGAUCUCUGGAAAAGUCUCUAGAUGCCAGUUUGGAUAAAGCUCAAAGAGCCUCUUUGGAGGCUGAUGGACAGCUGUCCCUCACUAGGAAGAAGCAGAGUUUCUCAGGACCAAGGCUGUUCUAUGUGUGCAGCGAUGGGACUCGUCUGCAGGGAUCGUUAUUUUCUGUGGGCUCAGGAUCACCUUAUGCAUACUCAAUCUUAGACCAAGGGGUUGAAUGGAAACUGACAGUUGACGAAGCAAUUUCAAUAGCCAGAGAGGCUGUAUACAGAGCAACACACAGGGAUGCGUAUUCAGGGAACUUUGUAGACAUCUAUCACAUUUCCUCUAAAGGCUGGACUCGCAGAAGCAGAGAGGAUUUGAAAGAGGAAUAUUAUAGAGAAAAGGAAAAGCGAACAAAAGAGAAGAGGGAUGUAGCAGGACUUGACUCUGUCUGUGCAGAGAAAUAA